GACGCCAUUACGUAGGCUUACGUAAGGCUGGCGCUCCGGUUUCCUGGCGGAGAAGAUGGCGGCUCCAGGACCGGGGGAGUACUUCAGCGUCGGCAGUCAGGUCGCUUGCCUCACCUGCUUGGGACAGCGCCUGCAAGGAGAGGUCUUGGCUUUCGACUACCAGUCCAAGAUGCUGACUUUGAAAUGCGCCGCCUCCAGCGGAAAGCAGAACCUCAGUGACGUCAUCCUGGUUAAUUUAGCCUAUGUUUCGGAUGUGGAAAUCCUAAAUGACCGCACUGAAACUCCUCCUCCGCUAGCCUCGCUGAAUGUUAACAAGCUUGCCAACCGGGCACGAACAGAAAAGGAAGACAAGCUGUCCCAAGCAUAUGCAAUUAGUGCUGGAGUGUCUUUGGAAGGCCAGCAACUUUUUCAGACUAUACAUAAAACCAUCAAAGACUGUAAAUGGCAAGAGAAGAAUAUAAUUGUGAUGGAUGACGUCGUAAUUGCACCGCCUUACCAGGUUGAGAACUGCAAAGGCAAAGAGGGAAGCGCUUUAAGUCACGUACGCAAAAUAGUUGAGAAACAUUUUAGAGAUGUGGAAAGUCAGAAGUUGAUGCAGCGUUCACAAGCACAGCAAACACAGAAGGACACCACUUUAUCGUCUUGAGCCUGCAAUUCCCUGUGAAGGCUGUUCCUUUCCAUUGCCAGGCUGAGGCGCUGUUUCCCCACCCUGCUGAUGCCAGGCAGGGGGGGGACAAGAUCCAUUUAAUGUCUGGAAGACCGAAAUAACUUAAAAGCUGAAAAAUUCUGAAAUUAGACUUCAAAACAUAAUUUAAAGAACCAACUGUAAAAGUUUACUCAACUAACUUUCCAUCUGUCCUCCCUAGCCCACCUCUCCUCAAAUCCCUUUUUUUCAAGAAAAAUAGAGCAGUCCGAAAAUGUUAGCUUUAUUUUCUAUCUUUUUUUUCAUUUCCUUGCUGUAUUCAUGUUUCCAAGUUUUUUUUUCUCUGUAUCUUAAAAAAAAAAUGUGACUUGAAUUACCACACUUUAAAAAGGACGUUUUCUAAAAUAAAAGUAACAAAAAGAGUCUGACUGUAAUACUGUAAUUUUCAUAGCUUUUUGGAAAACGAAAGGUUAUUUUUUUAAAACGUUCUAGAAAAGGAUGUUGCCAGUGUGGAGAACAAGUGGGCGAAAAAAAAAAUUAGAUUGUUCUAAAAUUGCACCUUAAAAGGAAAUUUAAGUUUGGGGGGCUUUUUUCAUGAGGAAAAAAUACAGAAGGGAGCAUAGACAUUACAAAGUAAUGAGCUCUCCGAUUUUUACUUUUUUGCUCCUGAGAAAAGGUCCUUUUGCUAAACCUCUCAAACCUUUGUUUUCUUUUAAUUGUGUAAUUUUUUUAUGGUUUGUCAUUUUCUAUGCUGACAUUUGUAUGUGUCCUACAACUGUUUUUUUUAGUUUUUAUUUUUUUUUUUACCCUUGCCAAAAUUGAGUAGCUACGUCACUCCGAUUUGCUGUGUGGGGAGUAAUUUGCUUCAGUCUGUGAUGUAGCAGGAAGGUAUGGGCAUUCGAUUCCUUUUUACUCUUCCAGUUUUCGCUCCUCUGUAUCUGGUGGUCGAGCUCCAAGGCCUUUGUAGACUGGUCUUCUAAACCUCACGGCCUCUGUGGCAUUGAGGGAGGGGACAGUGCUAUGAAGAACACAACUGGGAGGGCACGCCGGGUCUCCUAGUGUGGUACUUCCCAGUAAGCACAGUAAAAGAGCCCUUAACUGAUGUAUGACAAUUGCAAUUUUGCCAUGCGAUUACCUCUGAAGGCCUGGGACCAUUGUGUGAUGUGAUUGUAUUUAAAAAUACAUCAAGAUAAAUCAAAAUGCAGUUUUGAGACUUUCCUGCGUUGUUCAGAUGCAUUCUUCCUACGCUGCUACAUCAUGGUGAGUAAGUUAUUGCCCUCACCCUGUGCAUUCCAACUUUGUUAGACUUAGGAAUUUCUGUUCAGGAUUUUUCUCAACAGGAUCUCGGUUGAUGAGUCCAUCGGUAAACAGGCAGCCCUGAUGUCCUUCCUGGAAAAGAAAUGUAGAGAUUUAUGACAAACGGAUAUUUAUGUUUUAACCAUGUAGCCUAAUGUAGGCUUGGCCAGUGGGUUUAGUGACAUGUCAUCCACAGUGUUUUUGAGAGCAAUGUGAGCGAGGCUGUUGUAGGUUUCUUACCCAGUCUUUUAUUUUAUUUUUUAAAGAGCAAACAUGAAAAUAAAAAAAGGAAAAACAAA